AUGUGCCCCAAGCCCUGUCGUGUUCGGGCUCCCAACCUUCGGGUUGAUCCCGGUUUAGUGGACAUUUUCCUAAUCCCUGACCGAAGGAUCGGUAUUCUUGUAGACACCGAUGAAACUCUGCAGCUCUCCACGAAUGCAGCCGCUAAAGCUGACCUGCGCAAGAUGAUCACUGCCUUAUCGGCUCCUGAUAGUAUUGGUCCUCUCUCGGGACCGGCCGACACUUACGAGCAGCGUCGGAUUGGAUUUGAGCAGUACCGAGCUGGCUCUGACCCUGAAGAUAGAAGAGCCGAACUGUAG